AUGGCACGUGUACAAGGACAAGCAACGCACAAAAGAAGGGCGGGAAUGUUGACCAUCACGGAAGACACUUUUCCUGCGAUGCUGAUUUGGAGAUGUGCAGAUUCCAAUGCAACUACCAACUUAGUUGAGUUGCCGUUGGACACAGUGAGCUUUUUGCAGGCCACUCCGGCCCAUAUUGACAAGAUGAUACUGAAGAUCGGGUUAGACAGCGGCAAGGAGAUGCUGUUUGGGUUCAACAGCAGAAAGGUUAUGGAUACGGUGAAGACGUCGAUCCAACAGAUCAUCGCAAGGAAGAAGACGUCGAUAUCGGUGGAAAAAGAGAAAGAGAUAGAUGCAGCAAAAGCUAAUCAGGACUCCGGAUCAGUUGCUCCAGCGAAUGGGGCAGACGGUGUGAAGGCGGCACAAGCGUCGGGCAGCCCCGAUGUACCGGAUGAUGGGGUGAAAAAUGAUGAGUUUUUGGCAGACCUUUUGAACAGCAAGAAGUUGAUGAAAAACUUGGCGUUACAGCAGAGGCUUUUGAGAGAUAACGUGAAGUUGAUGCGGACAUUUACGGAGGCGGUCAUCAAGGAAGGCAUGGAGGCGGAAGAGUUUUGGAAAAGCAGAGUACAUUUGCUUCGAUCGUUUGCCAUUCAGAACAACCAGAAGAAAGGACCCUACAAUGUUCUAAGCACAAUCAAACCCGUUGCAUCAAGUGACAAUGAAGUGAAUGUGAAUGUCACAAGAGACAAGAUCAAGGAGAUCUUCAAGCAGUAUCCAAUUGUUCGAAAAGCAUAUGACGAUACCGUGCCAAGGAUGUCCGAAGGAGAGUUCUGGUCUAGAUUUUUCAGUAGUAAAUUGUUCAGAAAGUUGAGAGGUGAGAAGGUGAAUUUGUACGACCGAGGCGAUGUCACGUUGGACAAAUACUUGUACUUUGAUCCAGACUACGAUGGAGAAGAGGAUGUGAAUGAGGAGGAGGUGGGAGAUCACUUGUUGCACGAGGAAAAGGCACAGGAGUUGCCGUCCCAUGCUUCUUCAUCCUCUAGAGCACAGAAAAAGAAGAGGAAGGCAGGAGCUAGUGAGCAAAUGGUGAAGAAGAAAAAGGUCAAGUUGUUCAACGAAGUCGAUUCAGCAGUAUCUAAGUGUCUAGAUCUCGAAGGUAAUAAGGAAGAUGAUCCGGAGCUGCGAGGUAACAGGCCUGAUAUCACCAUGAAGGAUGAUCAGGAUCCAGAAUUGGUGGGCAUAUUGCGUACGAUGAACCGUUUGAGUAGAAGGUUGAUGUCAGACAUAACCGAAGAGGCACCCGUCGAAGAUUUGGAUCUCGAGUUUGAAAAAGAGCUCGAAUUGAAUGACCUUGAUGAGACUGAUGAGGUUGAAUACAACGAACUCAAGUAUACCCAGACCUCUAACAUUUCUUCCAAUAUUGUGCCCUCCGAACUACUCACCAAAGUCAUGAACCAGUCGAACUUGAACCCCGAAUCGUGUGAGUACGACGAUAUCAUUAAAAAGUUGAAAGAUGAGUUCACCGUCGAGUUCGAUCUUACAUGUGUAUAUCGGAACAUGAAACAAGACGGGAAAAAGCAAAGUGAAGCUUAUAGAGACAUCAACAACAUUGUGAAGCAGAAUUCCAAACAAUCACAGCAAUCAUGGAACUCUAAUUUGAAAGAGCUUUUGGGUUUACCUUCUUCGGCUGCGACUACUUCGGCUGCUAACAAUUCUCUCACAAAAGAAAACACUGAUUAUGACAUUGGGAUCAAAAUCAAUCUUGAUAGCGGCAAGAUCGAAAGCGUGAAACUCACACAUGCUACCUCUAUUGAGUUUUUAAGGCAGUUUUGGACACAGUUCAAUAGAACUGCAGCUUCCACUCCGACAACGGAUCCUAAUUUCAAAUCGGACUUGAUAAAGUUAAGAAAAUACUACUUUUCUGUCAAGAAGUGUCUAUCACGAGUAGAGGCACAGUUGGCCAGGUGUAAAGACUUGAAAGAAAGGCAAAUCGAAAACCAGAUGCUCACGCCUUUGGUUGAAGCGCUCAAUGCUGCUCUUCAUCGUUAUGAAGACUCCAUUGUCAAAAGUAAAUAA